AUGAAAACUGCAAUGAGUAAACGCAAGGCAAAGGAGAUCAGUGGAGCCAGUGCAGAAUGCAUUUCACAGGUGCAAAAAAUCUUACGUGAGAGAUUCUAUUGUCAUUAUGCUACUGGAAAACUCUUUGGGAUUGAGCAUCAGUACAGAAACCUGCUGGAACUGCUGAAACGAACUACAAUUCAUGGAGAAAGUAAUUCUGUCCUCAUUAUUGGACCCCGAGGAUCAGGAAAGACUGCGUUAUUAAAUCAUGCCUUGAAAGACCUCAAGGAAAUGAAACAAGUUCAAGAGAACCUGUUGGAAGUUCAUCUGAAUGGGCUUCUGCAGACUAAUGAUAAAGUCGCCCUGAAGGAGAUCACCAGACAGCUGCAGCUGGAAAAUGUGGUGGGGGAUAAAGUUUUUGGCAGUUUUGCUGAAAAUCUUGCAUUCCUCCUUGAAGCUUUAAGGAAAGGAGAUCGAGCCAGCAGUUGUCCAGUCCUGUUUGUACUGGAUGAGUUUGAUCUGUUUGUCCAUCACAAGAACCAGACACUGCUCUACAACCUCUUUGAUGUGUCCCAGUCAGCACAGACUCCAGUCACAGUGGUUGGACUCACCUGUAGGCAGGAUAUCCUGGAGCUGUUGGAGAAGAGAGUAAAAUCAAGGUUCUCCCACAGACAGAUCUAUUUGCUGAAUUCCUUUGACUUCAAACAAUACCUUAAGAUAUUCAAGGAGCAGCUUUCUCUUCCUGCUAAAUUUCCUGAUGACUCUUUUGCACAAAAAUGGAAUAGCAACAUUCAGUGUCUGACAGAGGAUAAAGUUGUGCAGGAAGUGCUGCAGAACCUCUUUCACCACAGUAAAGACCUGCGCUCGCUCCACUUGCUGUUGAUGCUGGCUGUGUGCAAGGUUGCUGUGCACCACCCACUUGUCACUGCAGCAGACCUCCAGGAGGCAAGCAAGCACUGCAGAGCCGACUCGAGAGCAAACAUUGUGCAUGGUUUGUCUGUCCUGGAAAUCUGCCUAAUAAUAGCCAUGAAGCACCUGAAUGAUGUUUAUGAAGGAGAACCAUUUAAUUUCCAGAUGGUUUACAAUGAAUUCCAGAAGUUUGUACAGAGGAAGGCACAUUGCAUGAACAACUUUGAGAAGCCAGUUGUCAUGAAGGCCUUUGAGCACCUGCUGCAGCUGGAGCUGGUCAAGCCCAUAGAGAGGCCGACUGUGCGUGCUCAGAAGGAGUACGUGCUGAUGAGGCUGCUCCUGGACAACAACCAGAUCAUGGAUGCUCUGCAGCUCUAUCCCAACUGCCCCACCGACGUCAGGCAGUGGGCAGCCUCUUCCCUCAGCUGGCUCUGAGCCCUCUGCAGCUGGCAGUGUCACCUCUGACAGCACUCUGCUGGGGUCAUGGCCAGCUCCAGCAGCUGGGUGUUUGCCCACAGCUCCAGGUAAAUACAUGUUGGGCAGAAGCUAGCUGUGCU